CCUAAAAUCAGAACAAGACCGGGAUUUGUGCUCUCAAAAGUCUUAUGUAACAUUGUACUGGAACUUACAAGCCAUUGGAAACGAAGACAAAGCUUUGCCGUGGAUGGGCUACAGAAUUUGAUGAUUAAUCUGGUUCGAAGUUACUGCCACAGGCUGGAUGAUCAACGGAGUAAACAUGAGAUAUAAAAGCCAAAAUCAAGGUGCUUAGGUUGAAACACCGACAGGAAGAUAAUGCAACAUUCUGCAAAAGCAUCAGCGGGUACCCGCUGCGGGCCAUGCACUAGGACCCUUGCAUGGCAAAACACGUCCAGGCUGGACUAAGGCAGAUUUUCCUGCCAUUUCUAACCUGCUUUGGCACCUAUUAAGAAUUCUCUAAUUCGACGUGUUGAUCCUCCAGGACCCAGGCUGUCCGCUGUACUUUGAUUCUCAGCAGUUUCCAACAAUCAGCACGAGUUUAAUGCCGUGCAAUCGGAUGGCUGCUUUGCCUCUGCUACCUGGGAGCUAAGGAAGCUUGUGCAAACCUCUCAACAGGCUGUCAGGCCCACAGUGCCCCGCGCGCCGCCUGCAACAGCCUGAAAAUCUGACAACUCUCCCAAGUUCGGGACGGCGGCCGCGUUUUCCGAGAUUACUUUUCUGAGCAUGAGCGGAAGUCUCCCUUUGAGCAGUCUGCGUGUUUUGUUUUUUUUUUUAAGAUGUUAGGUACCAUACUAAGAAGCAACCCGCUCCAUUCUGUUUUUCCCCCCCGGCACCCACAAGCAAGUGACCAGGGGACAAAUUUGCCUUCGUUACAAGAAAAUUAAGGCUCUCGCUCAAAGAAGUCCGAAGGCAGCCCAGCCCCCUGUCUUCCCACAGUAAAGAUGGCGGCCCCCUGCGUGUAGACUAUACGGGCGAUACCACUUCCGCGUUUCUCUUUCGCCCUCGUCCAAGAUGGCGGACGAGGCCACCCGGCGUGUGGUGUCUGAGAUCCCUGUGCUGAAGACUAACGCCGGACCUCGAGAUCGUGAGUUGUGGGUGCAGCGACUCAAGGAGGAAUACCAGUCCCUCAUCCGGUAUGUGGAGAACAACAAGAAUGCGGACAAUGAUUGGUUCCGACUGGAGUCCAACAAGGAAGGGACUCGGUGGUUUGGAAAAUGCUGGUACAUCCAUGACUUGCUCAAAUACGAGUUUGACAUUGAGUUUGACAUUCCUGUCACAUAUCCUGCUACUGCUCCAGAAAUUGCGGUUCCUGAACUGGAUGGAAAAACAGCAAAGAUGUACAGGGGUGGCAAAAUAUGCCUGACUGACCACUUUAAGCCUUUGUGGGCCAGGAACGUGCCCAAGUUUGGGCUAGCUCAUCUUAUGGCUCUGGGGCUGGGUCCAUGGCUGGCAGUGGAAAUCCCCGAUCUGAUUCAGAAGGGCGUGAUUCAGCAUAAAGAGAAAUGCAACCAAUGAAGGAUCAAGCCACUGAGGCAGGACAGAGGGACCUUUGAUAGGCUACGUUCCUGCUUUCUUUGCAUCACUCUUACUCAUCCGGUUGCUUCCCCCAAACCCCUUCACCCAUAAUUGUUACUAAGUAGCUGCAUCAGGCAUUGCUGGGGGGAAAAUAACAGCAUUGCUACUGAAUUUCCAAGGCUACACAGGGAGGGGAAAAGACUGGGGCUUUGGGAAACCAAAAGACAAUCUGUAUCCCUUCUCCAGGUGGGGCGAUGUGAGAUUCCGGAAGGAUGGGGGAGGGGGUGCCUGCCGAAAGUGGGUGCAUAGCUUUUUUGGUUUUUGGAGAUAACUCAUCAAUAAAAGCUGCUUUCCUCUGGUG